CUCAGGCUGGCGGCUGGCGGGGGUCGUGACAGUAGCGGCGGCGGCGGCGCUGGCGGGCGCGGGCCGCGCUCUGGCUCCCAGUGUUAGGACACAAGAUGGCGGCGGCGCUCUGGAGGCCGGUCUCCUCCUCCUCCUCCUCCUCCGCGCGCUCCUCCGCCCCGCCGCUCACCGCCUCCUCGGCCUCCUCCUCCCCCUCUUCUUCCUCCUCCUCCUGCAGCAGCUCUAGCGAGCGCCGCGGCGCCGGCCCGCUCUCCCGCCGCUCGGGAGGGGGCUAGGCGAGGGGCGGCGUCGGCUGCGGGCGCCGAGGCCGCGCUGGGGCCGGGGCGGGGGCCGGGGCGGCGGCGGGGGCGGCGGGGGCGGCGGCGGCGGCGGCGCCGGGUGGGAAUGGGGUCGCAGACGCUGCAGAUCCUCCGGCAGGGGGUGUGGGCCGCGCUCAGCGGCGGCUGGUACUACGACCCGCACCAGGCCACCUUCGUGAACGCGCUGCACCUCUACCUGUGGCUCUUCCUGCUCGGCCUGCCCUUCACCCUCUACAUGGCCCUUCCUUCUUCCAUGAUUAUAGUAGCAGUUUAUUGUCCCGUGGUAGCUGCUGUUUUCAUUGUUCUGAAGAUGGUCAACUAUAGACUACACAGAGCUCUUGAUGCUGGAGAAGUUGUAGAUAGGCGCGCGAAUGAGUUCACUGAUAAGCGAGCCAAAGCUGAACAAGGCAACUGUUCAAUAAGGAGAAAAGACAGUAAUGGGCCAAGUGAUCCUGGUGGAGGGAUUGAAAUGUCUGAAUUUAUUCGAGAGGCCACCCCUCCAGUUGGUUGCAGUUCAAGAAAUUCUUACGCUGGGCUUGAUCCAAGCAACCAGAUUGGAUCUGGUUCUUCUCGUCUUGGAACAGCAGCAACUAUUAAAGGAGAUACAGAUACUGCUAAGACUUCUGAUGACAUCAGUUUAAGUCUGGGCCAGAGCUCUAGUCUUUGUAAGGAAGGAAGUGAAGAACAAGAUUUGGCAACUGAUCGGAAGCUCUUUCGUUUGGUCUCCAAUGACUCCUUCAUCUCUAUUCAGCCUUCCUUGUCCUCUUGUGGACAAGACUUGCCAAGGGACUUCAGUGACAAAGUGAGCCUGCCAAGUCAUAGCCACCACCACCACGUUGACCAGUCUCUCUCCAGCGCCUGUGACACAGAAGUAGCUUCUCUUGUACCUUUACAUUCACACUCUUACAGGAAAGAUCACCGGCCAAGAGGUGUACCACGGACUUCCAGCUCUGCUGUGGCAUUCCCUGACACUUCACUGAAUGAUUUCCCUCAUUACCCGCAGAGACGAGGGUUAGAUCCAGUUAGUGAGUUAGAAUCUUCCAAGCCUCAUUCUGGAUCUAAAGAAUCCUUAGUGGAAAAUUCUCGCUUGCCUGGAGAAUUUCAGCUUGCUGGUGACCUGAAAAACAGUAAUUCUCAACUACCUACAAAAAGUGGGAAGAGCAAAGCACUGAAUGCAGACAAAAGCAUGGACAGCCUGAGGAGCCUGAGCACACGGAGUAGUGGCUCUACAGAGAGCUAUUGUAGUGGAACAGACCGUGACACCAACAGUACUGUCAGCAGCUAUAAAAGUGAGCAGACCAGCUCCACUCACAUAGAGAGUAUGUUAUCAGAGCAUGAGGAGUCUCCUAAAAUGGGAAAGAGAACUGCUAGGAAAAAAGAACGCUCUAUUGACUCAGAAAAGAGGAGCAGCUGUGCCAGUGACCAAAGGACUAGCAGUGACAAGAUUGCUCUGGAAGAGAGUACGAAUAGCAGGGCUCCUGAGGCACAAGAUACUCAGGGCUCUGAUGAGAUGCAUAACCAGAGAGAUCUCAGCACUUCUGCCUCUGAAGAAGCUAAUAAAAACCCCCAUGCAAAUGAGUUUACUGGACCAGGGGACAGACCACCUGAGACUACUGCUGAAAACAAAGAGGAGCAGAGUGAGAAGUCUACUAUUUCAGUCGAUACCAAACUUUGUAAAGAUGGUAGUGGAAAGCAGAAGGAAGGGGAUGUCCGGCCCAAAUCCUCUAGUUUAAUCCACCGGACAGCCUCUGCUCAUAAAUCAGACAGGAGACGGACAGGAAAGAAACGGGCCAGCAGUUUUGACUCAAGUCGGCAUAAGGACUAUGUUUCCUUUCGAGGAGUUUCUGGAACCAAACCACAUAGUGCUAUAUUUUGUCAUGACGAGGACUCUAGUGAUCAAAGUGACUUGAGUAGAGCAUCAAGUGUCCAUUCUGCUCAUCAGUUCAGCAGUGACAGCUCUUCUAGCACCACUUCUCAUUCGUGCCAGUCUCCUGAGGGCAAGUACAGUGCUCUAAAGCCCAAGCAUGUUCAUAAAGAUCGGGGCACAGACUCUGAGCACACACACAGGACUCACCUAGGUCUUGAGGGAGCUGGCAGAAAGCGGGCCACGCGACGAACUUCCAGCACAAAUAACAAGACCCGUGCCCGAGUGUUGAGCUUGGAUAGUGGCACAGUAGCAUGUUUGAAUGACUCAAACAGGCUAAUGGCACCUGAAAGUAUAAAGCCUUUAACCACUUCAAAAUCAGAUCUUGAGGCCAAAGAGGGAGAGGUGCUAGAUGAGCUGUCUUUAUUGGGACGAGCAUCCCAGUUAGAGACAGUUACUCGAUCUAGGAAUAGUUUGCCAAGCCAGGUUGCAUUUCCUGAAGGGGAAGAGCAGGAUGCAGUCAGUAGAGCAGCACAGGCCAGCGAGGAGGUGGUGGCAUUUCGCCGUGAACGCAGCACAUUUAGGCGUCAGGCAGUUCGGCGCAGGCACAAUGCAGGGAGUAACCCUACCCCUCCUACCUUGCUCAUCGGAUCACCCCUCAGCCUUCAAGAUGGUCAGCAAGGCCAGCAGUCCACAGCGCAGGUCAAAGUCCAGUCCCGUCCCCCUUCCCAGGCUGCAGUGCUCAGUGCUAGUGCCUCCUUGCUGGUGAGAAAUGGGAGUGUCCACUUAGAAGCAUCACAUGACAAUGCAUCUGCUGUAGGCGGUAGCAGUUUGCACGAUGAACUUGGUAAGUUUUCUUCUACGCUCUAUGAGACUGGUGGCUGUGAUAUGUCACUUGUGAAUUUUGAACCAGCAGCACGAAGAGCAUCAAAUCUCUGUGACACGGAUUCUCACGUAUCCAGUUCUACCUCAGUUCGAUUUUACCCACAUGACGUGCUCUCUCUCCCACAGAUUCGGUUGAAUAGACUGUUGACCAUCGAUACAGAUUUGUUGGAACAGCAGGACAUUGAUCUAAGCCCUGACUUAGCAGCCACUUAUGGUCCAGCAGAAGAAGCUGCCCAAAAGGUUAAACACUAUUACCGCUUUUGGAUCCUACCACAGCUUUGGAUUGGCAUUAACUUUGACCGACUCACACUUUUGGCACUGUUUGAUAGAAAUCGUGAGAUCCUGGAAAAUGUAUUAGCUGUCAUCUUGGCUAUUCUUGUGGCUUUUUUGGGAUCCAUUCUUCUCAUACAAGGCUUCUUCAGAGAUAUCUGGGUUUUCCAGUUUUGCUUGGUCAUAGCCAGCUGUCAGUACUCACUACUCAAGAGUGUGCAACCAGAUUCUUCUUCUCCCAGACAUGGUCAUAAUCGUAUCAUUGCCUACAGUAGACCAGUAUACUUCUGUUUAUGUUGUGGUCUAAUUUGGCUCCUGGAUUAUGGUAGUAGAAACCUUUCUACAAUCAAGUUCAAAUUAUAUGGAAUAACUUUCACCAAUCCACUGGUAUUUAUAUCAGCCAGGGAUUUAGUUAUAGUGUUUACACUCUGUUUCCCAAUAGUAUUUUUCAUUGGUCUCCUGCCUCAGGUGAAUACCUUUGUAAUGUACCUUUGUGAGCAAUUGGAUAUUCAUAUCUUUGGUGGUAAUGCCACCACAAGCCUGCUUGCAGCACUUUACAGUUUUAUCUGUAGCAUUGUAGCAGUGGCCUUGUUGUAUGGAUUGUGUUAUGGAGCUUUAAAGGAUUCAUGGGAUGGCCAGCAUAUUCCAGUACUUUUCUCUAUUUUUUGUGGUUUGUUAGUGGCAAUAUCGUAUCAUCUUAGCCGACAAAGCAGUGAUCCAUCUGUACUUUUUUCUUUGGUGCAUUCUAAGAUUUUUCCACAAACAGAAGAGAAAAAUCCAGAAGACCCUCUGUCUGAAGUAAAAGACCCAUUGCCUGAAAAACUUAGAAAUUCUGUUAGUGAGCGUCUACAGUCUGACCUAGUAGUAUGUAUUGUAAUUGGUGUGCUGUAUUUUGCUAUUCAUGUAAGCACAGUGUUCACAGUAUUACAGCCUGCUCUCAAGUAUGUGUUGUAUGCACUGGUUGGCUUUGUGGGUUUUGUAACCCACUAUGUGCUUCCUCAAGUUAGGAAACAGCUACCAUGGCACUGUUUCUCUCAUCCUCUGCUGAAAACAGCAGAAUAUAAUCAGUAUGAAGUUCGAAAUGCAGCCACUAUGAUGUGGUUUGAAAAACUUCAUGUAUGGCUUCUUUUUGUGGAAAAGAAUGUCAUCUAUCCACUGAUUGUUCUCAAUGAACUUAGCAGCAGUGCAGAAACAAUUGCCAGUCCAAAGAAACUAGAUACAGAGUUAGGUGCUUUAAUGAUCACCAUCGCUGGCUUGAAGUUGCUACGAUCCUCUUUUAGUAGCCCUACAUAUCAGUAUGUCACAGUCAUCUUUACUGUGCUGUUUUUCAAAUUUGACUAUGAAGCUUUUUCAGAAACCAUGCUAUUGGAUCUUUUCUUCAUGUCCAUACUGUUCAACAAGCUUUGGGAACUCCUUUAUAAGUUGCAGUUUGUAUACACCUACAUCGCCCCAUGGCAAAUUACUUGGGGCUCUGCUUUCCAUGCUUUUGCUCAGCCUUUCGCAGUGCCCCAUUCAGCCAUGUUGUUUAUCCAGGCUGUUGUAUCAGCCUUCUUCUCCACCCCUCUAAACCCGUUCCUGGGAAGUGCUAUAUUCAUCACUUCAUAUGUUAGACCUGUGAAAUUCUGGGAGAGAGACUAUAACACAAAACGCGUGGAUCAUUCAAAUACCAGAUUGGCUUCCCAGCUUGAUAGAAAUCCAGGAUCAGAUGACAACAAUCUGAAUUCCAUCUUUUAUGAACAUUUAACCAGAUCGCUACAACACAGCCUUUGUGGUGAUUUGCUGCUAGGACGGUGGGGCAACUACAGUACUGGGGACUGUUUCAUCCUUGCCUCGGACUAUCUCAAUGCAUUAGUGCACCUUAUAGAGAUAGGCAAUGGGCUGGUCACUUUCCAGCUUCGGGGACUUGAAUUCAGAGGUACCUAUUGUCAACAACGAGAGGUGGAAGCCAUUACUGAAGGUGUAGAAGAAGAUGAAGGAUUUUGCUGUUGUGAACCUGGCCACAUUCCUCAUGUACUUUCAUUUAAUGCUGCAUUUAGCCAGCGCUGGCUUGCUUGGGAAGUGAUAGUCACUAAAUAUAUUCUGGAGGGUUAUAGCAUCACUGAUAAUAGUGCUGCUUCUAUGCUUCAAGUCUUUGAUCUUCGGAAAGUUCUCACAACUUACUAUGUCAAGGGUAUCAUUUAUUACGUUAUAACCUCCUCUAAAUUAGAGGAAUGGCUUGCUAAUGAGACGAUGCAGGAAGGACUACGUCUUUGUGCAGAUCGAAAUUAUGUUGAUGUAGACCCAACAUUUAAUCCUAACAUCGAUGAGGACUAUGACCAUCGGCUUGCUGGCAUAUCCAGGGAGAGUUUCUGUGUGAUUUACCUCAACUGGAUAGAGUACUGCUCUUCCCGGAGAGCAAAGCCACUAGAUGUGGACAAAGACUCAUCCCUUGUGACUCUUUGUUAUGGACUCUGUGUUCUGGGACGGAGAGCUUUGGGAACUGCAUCCCACCAUAUGUCCAGUAAUUUAGAGUCAUUCCUCUAUGGAUUGCAUGCCCUAUUUAAAGGAGAUUUCCGUAUUUCUUCGAUUCGAGAUGAGUGGAUCUUUGCUGACAUGGAAUUGCUAAGAAAAGUAGUAGUCCCUGGAAUCCGUAUGUCCAUUAAACUUCAUCAGGAUCAUUUCACUUCUCCAGAUGAGUAUGAUGACCCUACUGUGCUCUAUGAGGCCAUUGUAUCCCAUGAAAAGAACCUCGUGAUAGCCCAUGAAGGGGACCCAGCAUGGCGGAGUGCAGUGCUUGCCAACUCUCCUUCCUUGCUUGCUCUGCGGCAUGUCAUGGAUGAUGGCACAAAUGAAUAUAAAAUCAUCAUGCUCAACAGACGAUACCUAAGCUUCAGGGUCAUCAAAGUGAACAAGGAAUGUGUCCGGGGCCUUUGGGCUGGGCAACAGCAGGAGCUUGUUUUUCUUCGUAAUCGUAACCCAGAGAGAGGUAGCAUCCAGAAUGCAAAGCAAGCUCUCCGGAAUAUGAUAAACUCAUCUUGUGAUCAGCCUAUUGGCUACCCAAUCUUUGUCUCACCUUUGACAACUUCUUACUCUGAUAGCCAUGAGCAGCUUAAAGAAAUUCUUGGGGGACCGAUCAGCUUAGGAAAUAUCAGAAACUUCAUAGUGUCAACCUGGCACAGGCUAAGGAAAGGUUGUGGAGCUGGAUGUAAUAGUGGUGGCAAUAUUGAAGAUUCUGAUACAGGAGGUGGAACUUCCUGUCCUGGUCACAAUGCAACAGCUGCCAGUGAUCCCCACAAUCUCAUGUCCCAGGGAAGUACUGGAAAUCCUGGGCAGGGAUCAGGAGCAGGACUCCACCCACCUGUCACAUCGUAUCCUCCAAUACUAGGCACGAGCCACAGUGCUCACUCUGUGCAGUCAAGCCUGGUCAGACAGUCCCCAGCUCGGGCCUCUGUAGCCAGCCAGUCUUCCUACUGCUACAGUAGCCGCCAUUCUUCUUUCCGGAUGUCCACCACAGGAUUUGUGCCAUGUCGGCGCUCUUCCACCAGCCAGAUAUCACUUCGGAACUUGCCAUCGUCCAUCCAGUCCCGCCUCUCCAUGGUGAACCAGAUGGACCCCGCCACUCAGAGUGGCAUGACCUGUGUGCAGCACGGCCUGCCCUCCUCCAGCAGCUCCAGCCAAAGCAUUCCUGCCUGCAAACAUCACACCCUUGUGGGGUUUCUUGGGACAGAGGGAGGACAGAGCAGUGCCACUGACCCCCAGCCAGUCAGCACCUUGAGUCCUGCCAGUCAUUCACAUGCCAGAAAGGGGGAAGUCAUUUACAGAGUUCAAAUUGUGGAUCCUGGUCAAAUUCUGGAAGGGAUCAACCUGUCAAAAAGGAAAGAGCUGCAGUGGCCUGAUGAAGGAAUUCGGUUAAAAGCUGGGAGAAACAGCUGGAAAGACUGGAGUCCUCAAGAGGGUAUGGAAGGCCAUGUGAUUCACCGUUGGGUGCCUUGCAGCAGAGAUCCAAGUACGAGAUCCCACAUCGACAAGGCCGUGCUUCUGAUUCAGAUUGAUGAUAAAUACGUGACUGUAAUUGAAACUGGGGUACUAGAACUUGGGGCUGAAGUGUGAGCUGGUGUUUCAUAGCUGCGAUUCCUUUCCCUCUUCUUUCCAAGACCAUGGAAGAAAAGAGGGGAGUAAACAGAAGAUACCGAUAGAGGUCACUUCUCUUCUCUGUGGGAGACUUGAGAACAGUGGCUUGGUAAAAGCCUCUCCUCACCCUUCACCCAGACUCCUUCACUGUCUCCAUCUCCAAAUAAAGCUGAAAUAUUUUUUUAAGUUAGAUGCUGAAAAAAAAUUUUGCAUGAAAGGCAAAGUUCUGUUAAAAUACAUCUUUAAAAAGGUUUUCCUAUGCAUUGCCGAUGCUUUAAAUCAACACUCUUUAUUUCUAAACUAUGAUCUCAUAUUUUUAUAAUUUCUUUGCCAAAAAUAAUUGCCAUGUUGUAUCUUAGAACAUAAAAUCCAUUGACCUUUGAUUUUUACAAACAGACUCAUUGAAAGUAUUCAGUUUGACACAUAGCAGUGUAAAGUUUAAUGUAUAUUAAGAGAUGAUGAACAGACAUAGAUGUAUCUUAUUCCUUGAGCUCUAAAAACUUUAAUGAAAAAAACUGCACUAAUUUUUUUACAAUGCACUAAACCUGAGCUUUCUCAGAACAUUUAUUUAUAUAUAAAAAUAAAAUACCAUUAUUUAAAUUGCCUUUGGGAUUAACCCUUCCCUUUCCUGAUAAACAUAGUAAAAGCAGGGACUAUACUCUUUGUUUUUCUGUUAGUAGUCUAUACUUCACACCAGUGCGUUGGAUGUGAUCUUUAAGAUGAAUUCAGUCUCAAGACAUACAUAGCUUCACCUUUGGCAUUUCUUGGAGCCAGUGGUCAGUGGAUUGGCCAUGUGAACACUACUGCCAGCUCCUGUGUCCACAUCUCAGAUGGGUUCAUCACUGUGUGCCCUUUGCUUUCUCUCUCGGCACAAGCUCUGCUGGAGUCUGUUCUGGAAAGAAAAUGCUUUUGCUUUUCAAAGAAGAUAAACAUCCAGGAGUUUAAAGAUAGGACUGAUUGCCUUUUAUUUUAAAAGAUACUAGCUUUUGAAAUUAUUCACCAUGAAGGUCAGUUUCUCAAGUAAACCUUUUUUUCCAAACAAAAUUAUCCAAAAGGUGCAGUUCUUACCAUUAUAUCCCUCUUUAAUAACUUUGCUUCUUGUUCUCCCCUCUUCUUUUUCUAUUACUUGAAUUUUAUUUCCUGUAAUUUAUACUGUAUACCUGUAAUUUGAAAUAUUUAUAACUGUGAAAUUGACUUAGUUCCUAUGUUGUCUCAAAAAUUAUAUUGUUUUUUUUCUUAAGCAUGUAUUCAGGGAACAGAUUUAUAGUUGGGCUACAUGGGAACUGCAAUUUAGGUUUAAUUUGCAACGUUCAGCAUUUUUCAAAUUCUUCAGAAAAUUUCCUUUUUAUUUGAUACUCCAAGAAAAUUGCCUAUCUUCUCUGAGCAUUUUGGAACAACCACCUUUCUUCCCACUGUGAACAGAUAGUAAAAAAGAAACAGGUAAAAUUAAUUUUGACUUAUAAACAAAGUAUUCCAUUUCUACAUAUGGCACUAACCAUAUUUCAAGUAUUUCGUAGUUACUUGUGUGUAGUAGCUACUGUGUUAGACCUCACAGAUUUGCAGUGUUAUUUGAUGAGGUUUUCAGGAGAGAAGUGUUUUGUUUUUUUCUAAUUCUGAUAUAAGUCUCACAGUUUAACAUAAUGUUAUGGUAGAGGAAUGAAAGCUGUGAAAGUAAACUGUAGUGCAAAAUCUUUAUUUCCACUUCAAAACUUUUUAUUUUCCCUCUUCUCAGUUGUGGACUCAGUUGUGAAACUUGUGGACAUUCAGAACCCAAUGUGCCUUGUGUUGACAUUUCCAUAGACUUCACACUUUGCAAAUUUUACUGUUUAAAAUGAGUUCCUGAGCCCUUAAACAAAGAUAUUCUUUCUAAGUUGACCAUUUUACAGUGUAUUUUCCUACUGUUACUAUAUUCUGCAUUUGCCUCAUUCAGGCAAAACUGUAGUGAACUGUAAGUUCAGAGUUGUUGGGUUAUUUUUUUUUUCUAAAACUGAACAUAUGCUCUGCUUGUAUCUGUGUUUUAAAUCUCCUCAAAAGACUAUGUCCCCUGCCUCUGUUCCCUUUGUGAAAUGAAUAUGAUCUUUUCAUAGUUGUUGCCUAGAUGGAAAGAUAAAUGGAGGCUUUUCAAAAUCUUAGAUGGAAGAUAAUUGAUUUUCCAACACAGAAAAAGGGAAAAAAAUGAAUGUUAGAUGAUUCAAUCAGAAGGGCUGGAAUUUUUUUUUAUUCCUUGCUCCUCUCCUCCUAAAACUUUGUUAUACAUAUCAUGUACUCUGCAAAGUCAGAUUUCAUAAAAAUUUCGUAUAGAACUUACAUAGCAAGUCUUAAUUUAGGAUAGCAAUUGAUGGGCAUCUUUCUUGAAACAAGUUAGCUUUUGUUACCACAUAACUUUUUAAAAUUUUUCUAAAUUAGGAACUCCUAAAAAAAAAAAAAGCCCUGUUAUUUUUUGAGUCUAAAACUGGUGUCUUAAAGUCAUACUACUUUUCUAGUUAUAGCAAAGGAAGUGAUGAUAAUUAGAGAAAGAUCCAUGUCUUUAGACUAUAUUAAUCUAAAUUAAUGGAAGUUUUUUAUUCCUAUAAAAUUAGAAAUGGAUCACAAAAGUUUUCUGCUUAACUUUUUUCCUUAAAGUAUAAAACUUCCACGUACAAUAGUAUUUUUAGUUCAUAAUUGCCAAAAUUUUCAGAGUUCUAUAAUUUGCAAAUAAAAAAAUACAUGAUUGAAACUAUCUUUUUUUAUUGACGUCCUUUAAGAGUUACAUGAUCGAAAUAAUUGAUUUUUCUCUUUCUUCUUCCUACAUCCCCCAUUUGAGAGGGCAGAUCUGAAGUGGCCUCUUAAAAUAUUUUGCUCUUACUCAGUGGCAAAACUAUAACAUUUUAUAACACUAAAUUUUUGCUUAAUCUUCUAAGACCUUGGUGUGAUCUCUUUCUGCACCAUUUUCAGCACUUGAUGAAAACUCAGAUGUUGAAUUUUUCUAAAGAGCUUUAAUUUUUCCAAGAAUCUAAAUUAACAUAAUGUGCUAGUAUUAAUGGGACAUAGGAAAGAAGUGUUGAUGCUGUAUGUAUGUUUUUAAAGAUAAGAUGACAUUAAUUACCUUUUAGGAAAACGUAAGUGUGAAUGAAUUUCCGUUACUAGAGGAUUAAAUUCCAUUAGAUUUGAAGUGCAUUGAAAAAUACUUCAACUAUAUCUGAAAUAGUUCUUCUGAUAUCUGACAAUAUUUCUAUCUUGAAAAGUGUAUGGGAAAUUACUCUAGAUACCAGAUGUCAAGCAAUGAAAAUAGGAGUUUUUAUUUUAAAAAAAACAACAACUAUAGUUUUUAUAGGAACUAUAGCUCAUUACGAAGGUGUAUUUUUCUUUCAAGAUUAGAGUGUUUUUCCAUCUCUUUUCAAGAUGUAAAAUACAGCUUCACAUCUAAGCAAGGGUAACUUUGCCUUAAUAAAUUUCUACUUGGCUUCUAAGCAGUAUCCUUCUGCCUCUGCUUUGAAAGUCUUUAUUCAGUGGAUUGCUGUAUUAAGCCAUACACCCAGAACUGGAUCUUUUAAAUUUAAAUUUGGAACAGCAUCUAAAAUGGUCUCCUUAUUCGAGCUACCUUUCAGGCAUUCUUCAUCCUGAAUAAAUGUAUGACUUGAGAAGAAAAAUAAUAGUAGAAUGUGAGAAUUCUUUGAAUUUAUGUUUACCACCUACUAAAGUAAAAACUGCUGUCCAGUUUGUUUAUUGACUUUGUAUUUAAUUAGUUAUUUGCAAGUAUAAAUGAAUCUCUGAGGUUUUUCUUUUGCUUGUAAGUCUUCAGUAUUUUCAUUCUUUUUUGUAGUAUAGUGUAUUCAUAUAAAGUUCCUUCUGACACAAACUCAGUUGAUUUUUUUUUCUUUAUGGUGAUGUCUUUCUCAAGAUGAAGUUUUCUUUUAAGAUGAUGUUUAAGUAGGAUGUCAGAUUCUUUAUUUUAUUAUAUAGGUUUUAACUUCCAGAUGAGUGGCGACAGUGUCAAUCAAAGUCCAAUCUGUUAAUGGAAUUUGAACUUUUCUCUUUCAGUCUUACAUGGAUAUUGAGUUUUAUUGGUCAGAGGAAAGAGGAAAAUUAGGUUCUACCAUGUAUUUAGGCAGCUUUAAAUUUUAAUCAUAUAUUGGAUAAGUAUGAUUUUCUUAAUGUAGUACCUCUUUCCUUCUAUGUUUUUUUAACAUAGUCCCUAUUUCCUUUUAUUUUCAAACUGAUCUAAUUGAUAAACAUCUAGCCUUUUCAUUUCAAACUUGUUAAAUGUUUAGAAAUUCAAUUGGAAAGGAAUUUAUUACUAUAAAACCAGUGUGGUAGGAUGACUAGCAUAUUACUUUUGCUUGGAACCAGAAACAAAUUGUCUGUCAAAUUACCGUACUAGAGUCAUCUGUUAAGAAUUAUGUAUAAUCAGAAUUUAUCUUUAUAGCCCUAAGCUAGCUAUUCUUUCUUAGGGUAAAUAAUUCAUGAUCUGCCAUUUGUGGGAUCAACCCAGCACUGGGGGAAAUUGGAACUGUUUGUCACUGCAGUAUUGUAUGACAACUUUGUUCUAAGGUUCAGACCUAUUAUAUAGGGUUAUACCUUUUUUUUUCAUGCUUCAGCUCUGCACGUGACAGUUUAUGGUUCAGUGGAGCCAAGCUAGAAGGUGAUACAGCUAAACUUCUGUGUGUCAUCUGCACAGGCAAAGGGACACCCACCCUAGAAUUCAGAACAGAAAAGUAGAGGAGGGAUGGUGGCUCCAGAUGACUUGGGUUUUGUGUACUUGUGACUCAACAAAAAAAAUUUAUAUAUGAAGCUUGAUUCUACAACCAAAAUAACAAGAGAAGGGUCACGUCUCAUUCUUUUAAAAAGCUUAUAGUUUAAGUAAAAGUAAAUUGUAAAAAUGGAUUAUGUUAACCCUAAACAAGUCUGGCAAUGAGCUCUGCAUGAGGAAAUGGAAGGGAGAAUAUUGAAAAUAAUUCUAGAAGAGUGGAUAUGGAGGAAGGAAAACGGGUUUCCCUUUUCUGAUCAUGAGCUCUGAAAAGGAUUCAUUGCCUUUACCAGCAUUUCAGUGUAAAUGUUAAGAAUAUAAGUACUUGUGUGUGUGCGCGUGUGCGUGUGUGUAUGUGUGUGAGUGUAUUAUUCUAAACAGCCUGUAAAUAUUGUAGUUGUUUAAAAUGGAAAAUAAAAGCUGCAAGGUUUUUGGCAAAUAUAUUGCAUCAGAUACACAGUAUUGACCAUGGAUAAGAACACAGGAAAUAAAUUUGUUUUUCAUUUUG